CGUUUCAUAUUCACCUUAUUUAAUUUCAUCUCCAGCCAUUUCUGCCAUAAGACUCGUUCUUUUAUCGGGCCGAUUGCGCUCGCAACUUGUCGCGCUUCCAGUUGUUUGUCUAGAGAUAUCUUCCAACAAUAUUAUCCCUCUUACUAUUGAACCAGCGAGCAUCUUUGGGUAGUUUCCCCUCUAUCUUUUUGUUCUUUCUUAUCUCCUUUCCAAACAAAAGAAAAUGACGACGCCGACUUUGAUCAACCUCCCUCCCCCUCCCUCUGAUCCAGUGACUCCAUCAGAUAUGGGACCUGGAACCCCAAAUUCUGGCACAACAUCGCUAUCAGCGUUGUCAACCACCGCCAUCAAAGACGGUCAUACAGGCCAUCCACUACCACAUGGUCGCCAUGCACACCACUCGUCUUCUGCGUCAAUGACUUCCACCACAACUCUGGAGGCAGAACGAGCCGACCGCAUUUCGCGUCUGGCGGGCCUGGAACGGGUAGUAGCCGCUCGGACUGGUGGAGGGCCGCAACCGAACACUACAGUUCCGAUGUCUCAUGCCCCGGGCUAUUUUGAUACUAGCUCCACAUUGAAGGAGAGAAGCACCGUAGGUAGCGCCAGCGCUACGGGCAGCGUGGGCGCUCGUACAACGUGGGCGAGCGGCAGUGAUGCGUACGACGCCGACAAGAUGAGCGAGGAGCCGGACGAUGGAACUUCCAGCGUUGGUAAUCUCAGCGAUGAAGGCGAUGCCAGCCUCGUCGGGUUUGGAGAAGGGGCUAGCACCAUCAGCGGACCGAUCUCACAUCCAAGUCUGAACCGAACAUCAUCGGUAGGUCGGCCAAGUUCGUUUGGUAAUCCUAACACUACCCGAGUCAAUCCAGUGCCUUCAUCAUCUCAAUAUUUCGGGGAUGGCGGAAUGAUACCAGUGGCAUUGUCGCCAACUGGAUCAACCACACCCGAACCAGUGCAGGACGCUCGAAUGGUCGAUGGGAUGACUUAUGACCCGGAUGUGGUUGAUACCACCGUGAGAACCCCUCGGCUUGCCACACCCCUAGGUCGAGAUGAUCCUAGUAACAUGUAGGGCGAUAGGGGUUGGGACUUGCUGUAGAGGAAAUCAAUGAGACAGUAAA